AUGGCGGACCACGAUGCACCAAGACCGCCGGGCCACUUCGACUCCCGAACCGGUCUCUUGACUCCAGAGAGUCAGGGUCGGCCCAGGUUUAGCUACGAGACCGGGGAGUCGAGUCGCAGCGGUGGUCGGCGCGAGCUCAUCUCAGGCACUAGUCUCUCACCGAGCUACACUGGCGAUAGCCAACAACACCAUGGCUCGGGUCUUGCACAGGCAGACCAGAACAAUCGAGAUGGUCUCCACAGGGGAGGGAGUACACGGCGCAGACCGAAAUACAAAUAUGGCGGCGGCUUCUUACUCCACGACUCGAUUUCCGGUGGCAGACGACAUGCAAGUCGAGGGUCUGCAAGGGACAAUCUACAACCAAACGGCAAGGCACCACAGUCCCCACGUACGCCGCAGCCUUCACGAUCGAAUAACAGGCAGUUGCUACAACCGAGCGAGCGUUCUGGGGGAAGCUUGCGCGAUAAGAGUAGCAUAUCGCCUCAGAGUGUAGAGAGUCGAAGCGGCGGGUCUGCUCAGAAGGAUGUCACCAGCGAAGAGUCGGAGCAGCCGUUCCAGCCACCGCGUACUUCUGGAGAAGCCGUUAAUGAUGCUGAAUCAACCCAAAUUGUGCAGAUGGCUUUGAACCUGAGCGAAUCUCGACGCACCGCUUCGCGACGAAAUGUCUCACGAAAUACGCCCCCACGACUCGGGCCGUUACCUGAUGGCAGUUCAGGGAGCAAUCUCCAACAGCACUUUCAGCAACAACGAAAGUCUUCAUACAAUGGCAGUCCCAGAUAUCAACAAGCCCAGUCUGCACGGCGCUCUUCUGGGAAAUUUGACUCGAGCUUCGAGGGUGGUGGGCAUGAUUCACAUUAUCGAUAUCACUUCUCAUCCUCGACUUUAGCCAGAGCACAGAAAGCCAAGGAUCACCUAGAGCUGAUGGCGCAAUACAGAAGACUUCUUGAUGUUCUACCACCUCUAAAGCCUGGACUUGAGCGGGUGACUUCAAGCCCUCCAGUCUCCCCAAUGGCGAGUAGACCCUUCCAGUUUGGCCUUGGGGACAGGGUGCCUCUAGGGCGACAAUAUAAUCCGCUGCAAUACAUUCGGAAUCGGAAAGUUCGAGCGCGCGAGCGGAAAGUCAUUGAUGGAGAAAGUCAGGGUUUUGGCGACCUGGAGUGCGUUAAACCAUGGGUCGACAAAGUGGUUGAACGAGCGACAUCAUUUGCAGCACAUCCAGAGGAUAACGAGUCCCUUUUGCCUGGGUUCCCAGGAGCGGAUGACCCAAAUAGCCAAAUCUCCCCGGAUAACAGCUCAAGGGCAGCGGCUCGAGUGAGGAGGCCCCGGGUGGACUGGUUCAUUGAACCCUGUGAUAUCGUGGCCGAUGCGUACUGGCUGGAACAAGAAAAUCACAAGGAACUCAUCGAGGACCGUACCUGGCGCAAGAUAUUUCCUUCAACUACAAACAUGACACAGCCCAUGUCCCGCGAAACGGCUGUCGACACCCUCGAGGUCAUCCCUCAUUUCUCAAUGCAAGACGACCAUGAUUUGAACCCGUCGAUUUCAAGCACCUCCAAGGUUGACACAGCGAAGCAAACGCUGCACAAUAUCAGGGCAUUUCCACAUCGCCAUGGCGGCCAGCUUCACAAUAUCCACCAUGACCUCGGGUGGCAUGUCAAAGAUACUAUUUCUGAUAUUUCCAGUAGCGAGAAUGAUACCGGAGUCUCAAAAAGAACGUCUCGCGAGGGAAACCGAGGUGGUGAGACCAUAUCAAGGACGAACAGAGAUUUUCUUCAGGAGCAGAUGCUUGAGAUGGUUGCGAGGGACGCACGGGACCGCGAUUUGUCUGAUGCAAUAUCUGAUCAGGAGCUGGUUGUUUCCCCGAGUAGUAUCAAGACACCAGAAAAGAACACAUUAUCACAGCUGCCUACUCGCUUCCACAGCAGUAGCAAGAGUUCAUUGGUCAACACAAGCGAUUCCGAUCGAAGGCCUGUCCUGGACCGACCCUACCUUGGCUCCCCACCCCGGUAUGAGCUAGGGAGGCAAAGUCUUGAUGCUACAGACGGGCCGCAGAAGUCUCCUUUUUACAAGGGCUCAUCGCUACCAACCUCUCCUGACCUUAAGCCUACCCGAGGAAGCACGGAUCCCACGCUAGGUACCAACCUUUCUCCAGGAUGGAGUCGGUCUGGAUCUCCAACCAGGAAUCCCAUCAGCAAGAUCAAGCAGAUCAUUCGCGACAACAAGGCUAGUGAAGCAACGCCCGAGCCAGAUGGGAGCCAUCAUGUGUCUGCCAAGGAUGCCAGUCUGCCUUCGGAGAACCCAAAUUUACUGGAGAAGCUGCAAUCCAGUCCCCCGCGGCCGGGGGCAUCGGAGCCAACACCCUUUGGUCAGACUAAAAUGCACCUUAGGUCGGGAAGCACUCGCCUUCGCAGUGAGGAUCAAGGAGCUGGGCUUCGUGGCAUAUUCAAGGGACCGCGAAUCGACACUGUUAUUCGGGGUGGUGUUUCAAAACUAGGCGACAUGUUUUGGAGGAGAGACGGGACGAGUGAAUCUCCACCUGACAAUGAGACUACAGAUGAGUCGGAGAGUGAGAAGGCUCGCGGCCGGUCUAGAUCAUCCACAAACGUAUCACUGAUGCCCUCCAAACGCGAUGUUGCGGGUCAUCAGAGUCAGCCGAAGCAUUUCCUGGAUUCUAUGCCUCAGUUCCAUCCCAUUCAAGACCCUAAUCGCGCACACAGCGCGGAUAAUAGCAAGGUGGACCUGGGUUCGCCAGAUUCUGCAAAUCGUAGCCGGCAGCAAUCUCGGAUUGAUAUGCUUCGUCCGCCUCAUUUCGAUCCUCGAAGAGCGUCAUCUUCUGCUUUACUCGGACGUCGAUCCACCAAGCCGGGUGACUCUGAUAUUUCAGAAACAGAGUCGCGACAAGGCAGUGCACCAGAAGGUGUCGGAGACGCAGGCAAUCAUUUGAGCUCUAGGCUUAGCUCAUCUAGACCAGAAGACGAUGGCCGAUCGUUCAAGAACAGACCCUGGUCGAUCGCAGACAAAGCCACGCCUACAGAACGGACCCGACUCACUCGUCGUGAGAUUGCCCGUAUGCGAGCCUUGGUUCUCAGUACCGGCGUCAAGGCAAUGGAGAUUAAUCGCCGAGCGCAGGAGGCACACAAGCCUUUCUGUCCAGAUAGCUUAGCCGCGACGGGUCCAUCUUCAGGCAACAGCGCAAAUAUAGGCUGGGCAGACAUAGCCAAGAUAUGUCCCGAAAUAGCCCAGCAAGGAGACCGUGAAACCGCAUACUACGAACUCUACUCACUAGCCGGCCGUGCCCUCGCCACCGCCAUUCAAAACUCUGGUCGGCGGUGGCAGGCCUCCGCUGAUCAGCUCACUUACCGAACAAGUCCUCAGCUCCAAAACCGCAUCGGAGACGUUCGGUCUAGCAUUGCCGACGACCUUUCUGAACGAAGUCGUAAAGCAGCUGAUUUGGCAGACGAGACGAACCGCGACCUGGCGCUGGGUCAGCCCCUGAAAGUCAAAGUCGUGAUAGACAUUAUGGAGAAGAUGCUCCGCAGACGAAGAAGGCGUCUACGAUGGAUCAGACGAGCGCUCUGGUUGACAGUGGAGUGGCUGCUCGUUGGAUUCAUGUGGUACGUGUGGUUUAUGGUGAUGAUCCUACGAGUAUUCCUGGGCAUGGGCAAGGGAAUAUGGAACGGUGCCCGAUGGCUCUUGUGGCUGUGA